AUGCCAGGAUUCCAAAUAUCAAGCACUGACAAGCAGAAAAUUGCAGAAAAAUACUUUUGCCUUUAUUGCCUUUUACUGUUAAGAGAUGCGAUGCAAACAAGCUGCGGUCAUUUCUACUGCCAGUCCUGCUUGGAGAAACUAUUCACGUAAGUUUUUACAUGUACUACGAUUAAUUUGAAAUAAUUUUUUAAAAAAGUAAACUGCUCGCUUGAAUCAUUGACAACCAAUAUACAAUUCCCCAUUUUCACAUAGACCAUAAUGCACCUUGUUAGCCCUGCAAAAUUUUGCUUAAUUAUUGUCUUAGAUUUCUCUUGGAACGACUGUAAUACCCAGGAGAAAUUGGAAACAAUGGUUAUGCAAAAUUCUGGGGGGUGAACAAGGUGCAUUAUGGUCUAUGUGAAAAUGGUGAAUUAAUGUCUUUUAUAUUUUGCGAUUUCCAGCAUAACAGAUCGGAUCCUACAUUUUUUCUUAGGGAUGUGAAUGAAAUGGUUAUGAUCUGUCUACAGGACCAGCAACGCCUUCUGUCAAAUGAAGUACGUAAUACUUGUCGUGAAGUAUUUUCUAGGUUGUUUUGAAGAUUUCAGGUCAUGGGGUAUUUAGCUGAUUUCAUGUUCGUGCUUGAAGUUUCACUUGUACCUAGAGUCUCGUUAUGACCAGAUUUCCAGGUCAAGGUUAAUCCGUAUUUGCGUCGACAGGUUUUUUAAUGUCAAAUUAAGUGUCAUUUAUAGUUUAAUUACGUUUGAGUGUCAGUCCUUGAAGUGGGCGCAGGGUUGUAGCUGACCUUGAUGAUUGCCCACAUCAAAGUUCCUGUUGUGGUUUACGUAUAUAUAGAGGCUUUCUAAUUGGUUGUCUUGCAUUUGACAUGAUUACCUCGAAGGUUUGUUUUCACUCAUUUUGGUGAUCAACAGUUUUUCAGUUUGGUCUAAAAAUUAGAGGGGGCCCGGCCUCCCCUGGAUUAGCCACUGUGAUGUGAUAAAGAAAUUACGUCCCAAAUUUACCCUUAUGAAACGAUUAAAGUAAAAAUGACUUACUUUGUCUUCGCGUUUGGCGAGUUUGAACUAAAAGUCAAGAGUAAUCCAUAAAUAUCAGCAAAACGGCUUCGAGAUGGCUUAAGACACCAAUAGAUCGAAAGUAAAAAACACAGCACAAACGCAUAUUCCAUAUAUUCUAUAUAAUCGUCUCGAUUGCCUCAAAGACCAGAGGCGCGCGGUCGUCAGCGAUGAUUCUGGGUCGGACAAUGGAAUUUUUGCGCGUAUUUCUCAAAUAAGCCAAGCAUAAUGGUGAAUUUUAAUCGGAGAGCGAACCUGGUGGCUUGCUAUUUACUUAGUUUUCUCUCAGUUUUGCGGCGCAGACAAGCUAGAAGAGUCCCACGAAGAUGUACUUAUUACGUCGAGAACUUGAUGGAACGGGCUUUCCACAUAUGAUCGUCCGGAUCGUCCCAAUCAUCCCAGUCGUCUCAAACACGGGACGAUCAUAUGGAUACACUACCCGGAUGAUCGCAAACGACCCGGACGACUGAGAGGACCUGGAUGGCUUUGAUAGAACUGAGUGGACGCCGCUGAAGUCGAAAAAAAAAAAAAAUAAUACAACUGCAAAAAUGUUGGCACCAAAAUUCAAGUUCAGUGACCUUGAUAUAGUCUGGGCUACCGGUGAAAUUUAUCAUCAUAACGAGGCUAAUGAUCAUCGUUGCUUUUUAAGAUUCUCGCGUUGAUGAAAUUAUCGGCUGUCGGCAGGAAUACUACAAUUGAAUAACAAAGCUAAUACGAAAUAAAUUAUGGCACACGUGAUCAAACGACGUCAUCGUUGAAAUGGUCAAUUCCGGCGAUACAACUUUGGAUACCACUUUUACAAUUGCUUGCAGGUUUUUCCUGAUAAUUUUAUGCGUCGAGAAGUACUUACCCUGGUUGUGCACUGUACAUUCAUGGAGGAUGGGUGUGCUUGGAAAGGAGAAGUGAGACACCUGGAGGUACUUAUUUAUAAUAGACCCUUUCACGGUUAAUUUUCAUCUUUUGACAUGGUUCCGUCAUCAGUAGUGGAUAUUCCGUCGAAAGUGCUGUAAAGAGAGCUUAAAAAAUAGUAAAAUUGAGCAACUUUGAGGAGCUAAUCUUUUCGCUACCUGUAGACGUAUUACUUUUAAACUUGUCAAGUUUACGAAUUUUAGGGUGCUCCUUCAGCGGUGUUGAUGAUUUUUCUUUAAAUGAUCUUUAUGAAAACUUGAAAAAAAAAAGGUGAAAUCGUCUAUUACAUAUCAAAAUAAAACAAUUUGGAACUAUGGGCGGAAAUAACAUGAUUGCGAGGGCUUAAUUAACGGGUGCAUGUAUUGGUAAGAGAAAAUUGAAAAAUAUAUUCUUUCAGUUUUGUUACUGUUUGUACAGUUCUUUGCGCAAAUAGUAGAAUGUCCCAUUGAGUUGGACCUAAAAUCCGAAGAACCCACAUGGGGUCAAACAACAAACGAAUAUAGGAAAACACAUUUUGGAGUUACUGAAAAAUGGAGUACCAAAUUGGAAAAGGUGUUGGAUGGAAGCGCCAAGCGCUGUAAAAAAGUGAUUGAGGUAGAAAAAUUUCCCCUGAUUAAUUACAGGAAAAUUCAAGAAAUUUUGUGAUCUAUCGUCAAGAGGUUCAAAGUCACUCAAAGCUAGCGCCAAUACUUAAACUUAAUGUGUCACCCGUAUACAAGUAUUCUUUCUUCCUCAAAACGUUUCUUAUCUUACGGUAGAAGAUAGACGGAAAAGUUGUUUUCUUUUCUAAUCUAUAGAGCCACACUUCUGGUUGUGAGUUCCUUAAAGUUCCAUGUGUAAAUCCUGAGUGUGGCACGCUGGUGAAGAAAGCUGAUCUCAAACAACAUUUAGAAAACUAUUGCAUGUACCGGCCUCAAACAUGUGGAUUCUGUGCGAGGGAAAUUGCUUUGAUAAAUUUAAAGGUAUCCAGCAUUUUAUUCUGCUAUAUCAAGAGCCAGUUGGCCAUUUUAGUCCACAACCGUCCUUUAUAGAAUUAAUGUUAUUUAAGCUUAAUGAGAGAAAUAAUCCCAGCAGUUCUCUAAAAAAACUUUUGCCUCCAGAAUAUUUUCAUCCGAAAAUGAUCUUGAGUGAUCAUCUCUUUUUAUCUCAGUGUGUAAUUACAGUCUCAAACACGUACAAGCUUUGACCAAAUGGUACACUGAGCUAAGAAGUAUGAGUUGUACCUUAAAUUCCUUUUUCAGCAACAUCAAGAGACAGAGUGUCCUUUAUAUCCAGUUGUCUGUAACAAAUGCAGUAAAGAUGGCAUCCCUAGAGAAAAGGUGAGUGGAAAUUUUCUUGACGGUAAAUUAUUAGGGCGUUGCCGGGGUAAACGAAUUCCACUCAAGUUAUUUUUAGAGGUUGUAAUUAAACGUAUCUAAUUCCUGGGAUGUCCGCAAAUUUUAAUCGGUUGUUUGAAACGUCAUCAAGUACACUGUGGACUGCUUGGAAGCUAAACGUAAUGUCACUGUAAUGCUGAUUGUUGAACUCUCUCUUAAAAACAUUCAAUUAAGUCUGCGAACCUCUCCGGAAACAACUCCCAUUAAUUCAAGCGUUUAUCUAAAAAACAACUUUGGUGAAAUUCACAUAUAUUAAGGACUAUACUGAGUGUUUCCCUCUCUGUUCCAUUAUCCUCUCUUGAUUAUCAGACUCAGGAGCCGUAAUCUGGGUAGGAGAUUGUAACAUAAAAUAUCAGCAAGGUCACAGCGACAAACUGUUGAGCGGUACCGUAUCUCUCAGUAGACCUGCAUCAGUACAAUAAUAACUUUUAGAAAAUCAUAAAACGGCAAACUGAUCUUUACGCCAGGGCGAUGAAGAAGUGAACCAAAGAAUAAAACAAAAUAUAUAUAUAUUUAAACAAAUUUGCCCAAUAUUUCGGUUUGAAUACAAACUUUCUUCAGGGGCUAAAAGGAAAAUGAAGAUGUUUGUUUCUCUUUUCGCUUCUUCAUCGCCCUGCCUUAAGGAUCAGUUUGCCGCUUUAUGAUUUUCUAGUAAACCGUAACUGGAUACCUUGUCCGGUAAUUGGAUUGGUUCCAUCAAAAUAUUCAAAAGUGCUAUCACAAAUUGUGCCAUCUCGUGUGACUAGCGCACGCAUUUUUUGCGAGGGCGCCGUGAAAAGGAUAAACAAGCAAAAUGGCGUCAGAAAUUUUCUCCGCAGGAGAAAAAUAAAUUCAAUUUAUAUCAUCAUUCCCAACCACUUUGACAAUAACUCUGAGUAUGAGGACCGCGAAUGUACUUCUGAUCAUGUUACCGUGGUGAGAGUGUUUUUGACUAAUCCAGUUAGGAAGAGAUUUUGUUGAUGUCGUGCGAUGAAUAUCCCGCAUAGGACCAAACAAACUUGAGGGGAAAAUAAGGGCGGCAAGUCAACAACAACAACUACAACAAAAUUUAUGUGUGAUUUUCCUCAAAUAUAUCUUUUUGAAUUCAUGAUAAAUACAGCUCCACCAGCUUCAAACAGAGUCUACCGGCAGAAUUUCAUAGGAAAAUACUUUUUAAAAAUAUAAUAGUUUUCCCUCUUAACGUCCUACUUGGCAGCGUGGCGCAGUGGUCUAGGAGCCGACCUUCCGUGCAGAUGGUCCAGGUUCGCCUCAUGGCUUAGCUAUUUCUUUUCUUUUUCUUUUUUUUUAGUGUUGGUUUGUUUCUGUUUUAAUCAUAUUUUUUCCCCUUUGGCUUGUUUCCCUUUUUCUAUUCUUGCUGCUGCGAUAGACGUAUUUCUAGUAAUGUUUAUAAAAUAUUGGCUCAUUCUUCCACUGUGUAUGCAUGGCGCAAACAACACAGGAGCCUUACGUCAAAUCCUUUCAAUAUAAAGUUUUAAAUUCAAUACUUUACACUAAUGCAAAACUUUUUAAAAUUGGAUAUCUCCAGCAUGACAAAUGUACUUUUUGCAAGACUGAACAGGAAACAUUAUGUCACUUUCUAUUUUACUGUCAGCACUCAAAUAUGUUGUGGAAAAAUGUUGAACAGUAUUAUUUAACAAUAACAAAGGAAUUUCACGGGUUGUGUUUACGAGAGGUUAUAAUUGGAAUAACGAUGUCAAAAUGCCCCUUGUUAAAUUAUCUGAUAUUAAUUGGUAAAUUGUAUUUAUGGGAUUGCAGAAAGAAACAGGUACUUCCAAACAUCGAAGGUUUCAAAUUUAAAGUAAGAAUUAAAUACCAAGUUGAAAAAUAUAUUUCCACUAAGAAUAAUAAAUUAGAAACCUUUUAUGAAAAAUGGCCAAAAGACAUUUCUCCCCUUUAAUUAAGUUCGUGAGUAUGUAAUUAAAAAUGUAAUCUUUUAUUAGACACUUUUUUUUGUAUUUUUGUAUUUUUGUAUAUUUUUUUUUGUAUGUGUGGUUAUGUUUUUGUUUUUUUAUUUCAGAGCGUACUGUAAAUAUUAAGUGUUAAUCUCUCUUUAUCUACAUAAUUAAGUAUUAAUUAAUUCUUUGUAAAAUAAGCCUCAUUCGGCAAUUGCGCGGCUGUUUUGUGGCUGUAAUGUAUAUAAUUGUGAAAUGUAGAUAAUUGUAAGUAUGUCUGUUAUUGCGGUUGUUUAGAACUUUGUAAUUAUCGUCUUUUUAAGUAGUUCUUUGUAAUUAUAGUAAUAAAUGUCUUGGAAAAAAAAAAAAAAUGCAUGGCGCAAAUUGUAUAUUGAGAUAUCAACCCCUUGAACAGUCAAGGAAGCUCUCAAAUAAAGUCGCCGGACUAUCGCCCAUCUCCUGAAAUUCCACACGAGAGCCUCGCAAAUUAAAUUUGCGGGUUCCCGCUCGAGUUUGUGACGUUGAGGGUGGCGCAGUUUGUUCUAAAAAUAGCACAUUUGGCUAUUUCGAUGGAGCCGCGUGGACCUCCUACCCUGAUUAUGGUUCCUGUCAGAAUAGUUCUUUUGCUAUAUGCUGGAGGACAAAUUGAACUUAGAUCAAAAGUAUUCGGGCUGCUGUGUUUGAAAAAAUUUCGAAAAUCUAUUCCCACAUUCAUGAACGGACAUGAGUCCUCUUACUUUAUGAAACAUUUGUUAGUUGGCAGAUCAUCAGAAUCCUGUUUUGGGAGAUUGUGACGGAGUAGAAAGUCCAUGCCCUUUUUCACAGAUUGGGUGCACUAAAACAGAGGUAAGAUACAUCAUAUUUAUUUACUCUUUUGUUCCUGUGGUUUUUGCCGGCAGAGAAGCCAGAGUAGCCUGUAUCACAGACUAAACUAAACUCUGGUUAAGUCCGUCUGCGUAACAGCGCCGAAAUCCUUGUUCUGGGUUCCCAGCUGUGUACCAGGAUUUGAGUACGCGCCAUGAUUGGCCUUUUAAAAAAUCAAUUGUCGAUUUGCCAAUCAGGAUGAAAGGAAAUUCGAAACGCACUUCUGGUAAUUCAUUGAGUCCGUUGGGAGCCCAGAACAAAGAUAUCUGUAAUGCUUCGCAGACGUUUAAAACCGAGGUUAAAUUACGUCUGCGACGCUAACAAAUGUAGUAAAGGUGCUCCCUCAUUAACGGCAAAAACUUGUGAGAGCGAUAGACCUUUUGUUAUGAACUUUAUAACCAUACACAUAGUCUCCGAAAGCAAAUGCAUUUAUGUAUUUCUAGCUGUCGCAAAUCAAUUCCUCCUCCGCCAACUUUGAACUUUGGUUGACAAAGGAAUUUUUGUUAGCCCGCGAAUACAGUAUGUCUCAACGCGUCUUGCCUUCCCUAGGAAAGUCUUCUCUCCUGCGAAAGGUCCUGAGGGGCGAGUGUUCAGCUGAGUGGUGUUGGGAGACGGAUGUAUUCACAGGCUAGGAAAUUUUUCCAUUGUAAGGAAAUCCAUAAGCUGAUGAUGACGUUGCUGUCUCUCGAUCAGUUUGAAUUAUCUCUUUCAUGUUCAAGGGCAUCCUGUCUUUUGCUACUAAGAAAUUUGGUGCAUGUAAAAGUUUUGAAUUAGUAAGUUCCAUUUCGAUUAUUUGAAAGGUCCUCAGCCAAAGGCAAAAGAAAGAGCAUCUACAACAAGAACAUGCACACCACACCCUUCUGCUCUUACGCACUGCACUUGGAUUGGGCAAGGACAUAGAGGCCAUUUUUAGGCGUGAUCCAAGAAUAUUGUCCGGAAAUUCUCCAUUUCUCUCAAACUACGAUAAUUUAAUUCAGGACAUCCUCAAUCAGAUUCAGUAUAACAAAGAGGAAACCAGGAAUUUGCAUGGAAGGAUUCAAGAACACAGCCAGCGAAUAACCGCUUUAGAGAGGAAGAUGGCCUCUGCGAAUAUAUCGGUUGGAGCGUCAUCUUGCCAACUCCUUACUAAUUCUGAAGGUAGCUUUACCCAUAACGAUAUAACCAGAAGACUAACUAAUGUUGAACACAAAACCGCAGACCACGAAGUGCUCUUGGUGGAAAGUAAUCGCACUAUAAUGGAGACGAGCAGGGGAGUAAACAAUGUUAAAAGACAGUUGGAGGGUGUCCAAGAGACUGCAAGGAGGACAGAAAGACGCGUGGAGUCUAUUGAACACACGUUAGCUUUAAGAAAUGUCACACUAGCUGAUUUAGAAGAGUACAUUAGGCAACAAGAAUUUUCCAGCUACGACGGCCAGCUACUUUGGAAAAUAACUGAAUUUGCAAGAAAGAGAAAUGAAGCAGUCAGCGGUCAACAAGUGUCUUUUUAUAGCCCACACUUCUUCACAAGCCGUUAUGGCUACAAAAUGUGCGCCCGUAUCUAUUUAAACGGAGAUGGCAUGGGCCGUGGUACUCAUAUCUCCGUGUUCUUUGUUGUCAUGCGUGGUUUGUAUGAUGCAAUUCUCCGCUGGCCAUUCAGACAGAAGGUCACGUUCAUGUUGUUGGAUCAAGAUAAUAUUGAGCACGUGAUCGAUGCCUUCAGGCCUGAUCCUAGCAGCUCAUCUUUUCAAAGGCCAAGAAGAGAAACAAAUAUCGCAAGUGGGUGUCCCAUGUUCUGUUCUUUAACUGAGUUAAAUAACCACGCCUAUGUGAAAGAUGACACUAUGUUUCUCAAAAUUAUAGUGGAUACCUCUGACUUAUAA